UCGAAGAAGCAGUAGAAUUCGUAGAUGAAAAUGAAAAGGAUUCUACAAUUAGAAAGGAAAUUGAUGCUAUUAUUAGGAAUAAUGCAAUAGAUAUAGAAUUAGAAAGUGCCAAUAAAGAAGAUAUAGAUAUCAUUAUUGAAAAUGAGUUAGAUGCCA